GGAGAUUCAGGGGCUGUGUGGGUGCCCUGGGCAGGGCUGGUCCCAUCACAAGCUGGGUGUUGGUGUAAGAGGUACCAUAGGAACUUUCUGAGAGAGGUUCUCCUCUGCCCCCUUUGUGCAGGACCCGCACCAGCAACAUUGCAGGAUGGAACUCUACGGCUAUCCCUUAAAAGCCAAGUUUAACCAGCCACGGCCGCCACCUCCCAAGGUCCUGCCCACCACCAGCACCAUGUCUGCCACCUGUCUGAACAAGAACCGCACUCCCUAUCAUCCUGAGAGCUUCAGCAUGCCAUGGAUGCCCAACUCCUACUACAAAGCAGCUGCCCUCAACCCCACCUUGUCUCCCCUCACCGAAAGCUUCCCAGGGCUUCCCCCCACCAAGAUAGUUCCUUUCCUUUCUGAGAGACCCAACGGUGUCUUCAGCCGGCACACGCUGGAUGACUGGCACAGGUUCAACAUGACCAACUACAAGGAGUCGGAGACCACACGGCACAACGCAGAGCGCCUGCGGGCCGACCUGAACCGCGCCAUCAAGGACGUGUACCAGCAGGCCAAGAGGAGCCAAGGGGAGAGCACCCAGAACCUGGGAGAGCGCAUCAACGACAUCGAGUACUGGAAGUCCGAGCUCUGCGUCGAGCUGGAUGCCAUGAUCAGGGAGACCAAUUCCUUGGCAGACAUGCAGAAACGGCUGGAGAGAGCCUUGGCCGACACUGAGGGCCCCUUCCAGGUCGCUCACAAGUGUUUGCUCUAUCGGGAGAAGAGGAUGGGCAUCGACCUGGUCAGUGACGACGUGGAGAAACAGCUCAUAGAAGAAAUCAAGAUCAUCAGGUCCUGCCGGGAGAGGUUACAGCAGUGCCUGGACACAGUGAAUGCCCAGCUCAUGUGCAACAAGGAGGCCCGGCAGGAGCUGGAGAAGGACCUGGCUGACAAGCAGUUGGGCCACCACAUCGACAGCAAGUGCUACCAGAUGAAGGACACCUCCAGAGGCCUCCACUUCUUCAAGGGCGUGGAGAGGAUUGAUGCCACGGUCUCGGUGCCGGAGACGUGGGCCAGGUUCACAGACAACAACAUCUUCCGCUCGCAGAGUGCGCGCGCCGCCUCGGCCAAGCUGCGCGCCAGCACCGAGAGCCUCCUCAUGGGCACGGCCGACGAGAUGUGGCGCCAGUUCAGCAAGGUCAACGACGCCUUCACCAGCCGCAUCACCGAGAUCGCCAACGCCAAGAGCAAGAUCCAGACACACCUGGCCAAGACACGGCAGGAAAUCUUCCAGAUCGAGACAAAGAUCCAAGUCAUCCAGAAGACCAUAAGGGACAAGGAGGUUCAGCUGAAGGUGGCCCAGACCCGGCUGGAUGAGCGCACCAGGAGACCGAACGUGGAGUUGUGCCGGGAUGCUGCCCAGCUCCGCCUUGUCCAAGAGGUCAAUGAGAUCAAUGAGACGCUGCGGAACCUGCACCAGUGCCUGCGCGCCUCCGAGGACAUGCUGCAGAUGCUGGUGCGCUCCAAGGGCGUCCUGGAGCACGACCUGGUGAUCAAGAACAACUCCCUGUUCAUCGACCAGGAGCGCUGCAUGGGGAUGCGCAAGAGCUACCCCAGCACCGUGCAGAUCCUGGGCUAUGUCUCAGCAGGACUCACCUGAGCGCUCAGCGUCCACAGCGGGACACAUCCCCACUUUUCCUCAGCUUCUUUGCAAAUACAUUUGUUGCAAUUUCACACAUUUCCUAGGAUUUCAUUUCCUGGUGUAAACUCUGGGUAGAAAUUAAAUGAGUGUUUUGUUUGUUGGGUUACCAGGAUGCUCCUUUUCCUUUAUAUUUUCUCUUUCACCAUGUGCCAAGAAGGAGCUGAAAAUAUCCUGUAUGUCACCAAAUCCACCCACAGGGAUCCAUCCCUACCCUUCUAGUCUGUGUUUUCAGGAGAAAAACUGUCGCAUCUUCCUCCUUUUGAGUGUGUGUGAUGUGGAAGAGGUACAAGGGGAAGUAAAGCCACUUGUUAGAAUAAUGAGCUGCUGACAUCCAGGAUAGAUUUUUAAUGGUGCAGCAAAAGAAACACAAACUGUCCCGGAAAGAGUUGCAGUUUGUGCAGUUCCUAAAAUAGAAAAAUGUGCAUUUUAAGCUGAUUUCUAAUGAUAAUCAUCUUGCUUUUGAAAAAUGUUAAACACCAUAAAAAAUGUGAAUGCUGGGUCUUGAAAAGAGGAAGUAGAUUCAACUUGGAG